AUGGAGAAGCUGUGCCUCGCCGGGAGCGGCGCAUGGACCAUCAACAGCUCUCUGGGGAACGGCAGCCUCCGCCCGGAGAAACAGACCUCCCGGAGGAACAGCACCACGGACCCCCUGAAGAGGAACGAGGACAUGGCCAAGGUGGAGGUGACGGUCCUCUGCCUCAUCCUGUUCCUCGCCCUGACCGGCAACCUGUGCGUGCUGCUGGCCAUCCACACCACCCGGCAGAAGCACUCCCGCAUGUACUUCUUCAUGAAGCACUUGAGCAUCGCUGACCUGGUCGUGGCCAUCUUUCAGGUGCUGCCCCAGCUCAUCUGGGACAUCACCUUCAGGUUUUAUGGGCCGGAUUUCCUUUGCCGGUUGAUCAAGUACUUGCAGGUAGUGGGGAUGUUUGCUUCCACCUACAUGCUCUUGCUGAUGUCCCUGGACCGGUGCUUGGCCAUCUGUCAGCCACUGAGGUCUCUGCACAGGAGGGCGGACCGAGUCUCUGUCCUCCUCACCUGGCUGCUGUGUCUGCUGGUCAGCAUCCCUCAGAUCCACAUAUUUUCUCUGAGGGAUGUGGGGAAUGGGGUUUACGACUGUUGGGCAGAUUUCAUCCAGCCCUGGGGACCUAAAGCCUAUGUCACCUGGAUAACCCUCAUGGUCUACAUCAUCCCUGUGUUGAUGCUGAGCAUCUGCUAUGGCUUAAUCAGCUUCAAAAUCUGGCAGAACGUGAAGCUUAAGACGGCUCACGGACCGAACAUGGGUCUGAGCUCCAGCUCCCACAGUGGGAUGGCGUUUGCCAGGGUCAGCAGCACCAGGCUCAUCUCCAAAGCCAAGAUCCGGACAGUGAAAAUGACCUUCAUCAUAGUGUUAGCUUUCAUAGUGUGCUGGACUCCCUUUUUCUUUGUGCAGAUGUGGUCUGUGUGGGACACGAAUGCUCCGCAGGAAGGUAUGUCCUCUCCCCUCCCAUAGCCCUG